AUGAAAAUAACCUUUGAUGAGUAUUUAGCUGAAAGAAAUAGGAAACAGCUUGAGUAGAUAUAAGACAUCAAGGAUAGAGAAGCUAAUCUCAAGAAAAUUCCAUUUAUUGAUCAUCUACCUAUCUACGCUCUAGUUUAGUCAAGACAUGGCUAACUAUUGACUUUCAGACGAAUUUUCUGGCAUGGAGUGGCUCUUUGCCCAGUUUAUGCAGCUAUCGCUGGCUUGUUCACAUAUUUCAUUAAUCCUUAUUGCCAAGAACAUAACAGAGCAGGCCUAUAGAUUAUUUCUCCUGAGUAAAGAUUUAAAAACUACUUAGACGAAAAAUAUCAUUUGUUUGAUAACUCUCAUUAGGAAUUUUACAGAUAAAUGCAACCAUAUAGCGAUAGAUAAGAUAGAAAAAAGCUGAAGAAGUUUAUGGAUGCUAGAACGAAUGAGCAUGAGACUAACCUCCAUGGCAUUUUGAAAGACAACUAUGAUAUAGCCCAUAAUAAAAAGAAAAAUGAAUGA